AUGGACACCUGCAAAAUUUGUAACACUUCGAAAUGGAAAUCAAAAGCAAAAGUUGGUGCAGUUGGAGUGUCUGGUGAUGGCAAUAAUCGAAAGAAAGUUCCUGCAAAAGUUCUCCGUUAUUUUCCAUUAAAACCACAGUUACAAAGAUUAUUUUUGUCCUCAAAGUCGGUCGAGGAUAUGAGAUGGCAUGCAAAUGAUAGUAAGAAUGAUGGAAUGUUGAGGCAUCCUAGAGAUUCUGAAGCAUGGAAACAUUUUGACUUGACACACACUUGGUUUGCAUCAGACCCGCGAAAUGUGCGUCUUGCAUUAGCUAGUGAUGGUUUUAAUCCUUUUGGAAAUGAUAUUGAUGUCUAUUUACAACCUCUAGUAAAAGAAUUAAAGGAGUUAUGGACAACAGGUGUCGAUACAUACGAUUCUUUUAAAAAAGAGAUGUUCACAUUACAUGCAACUUUGAUGCGGACAAUUAGUGAUUUUCCGGGGCUGGGUUCACUUUCUGGGUGGAACACUUACACUGGACUUGCUUGCCCAUCGUGUGACAUUGACUCUACUCCUCGUCAUCUUCCUCAUAGCAAAAAAUGGUGUUUUAUGGGUCAUCGUCGUUUUCUUGAUCAGAGACAUAGAUUUAGAUUGAACAAGGUUCGCUUUGAUGGUCAACAAGAUAUGCGUGGUCCACCUAAAAUGUUAUCUGGGCUUCAAAUUCUUGAACAGGUUCAAAAUAUUGAUGUCACAUUUGGUAGAAAGCCAGAUAAAGAAAGGUCGGGAAAAAGAAUACGUGGUGGACGACCUACACAAGGUGUCAAUCAACAAUGGAAAAAGAAAAACAUAUUCUUUGAACUUCCAUAUUGGAAGGAUAAUCUUCUGCGCCACAAUCUUGACAUGAUGCAUAUUGAGAAAAAUGUGUGCGAUAAUAUCAUAUUUACUUUGCUAAAUGAUAGCACAAAAAGUAAAGAUCAUCUUAAUGCAAGAAAAGACCUUAAAGCUAUGGGCAUAAGACCUGACCUUUGGCCCAAUGAAAAUGGAAGAAUUUCUCCAGCCGUCUUUACUCUGACUACUAAAGGUAAGAAGAGAUUUUUAACAACUUUAAAGAAUAUCAAUGUGCCUGAUGGUUAUACAAGCAACAUUUCUAGAUGCAUUGACAUGGAAAAUCUUAAGUUGAAUGGAAUGUUGAAGAGUCAUGAUUGUCACAUAUUGAUGGAACAACUUCUACCGUUAGCCAUUCGAGCAACAUUACCUGAUGAUGUUUCAGCUAUAAUGAUUGACUUUUGCUCACUUUUUAGACAAUUAUGCAGUAAAGUAUUGAAUGUUGAUGAUUUGAAAAAAUUGCAAAAUCAGGUUGUCCUCACUUUAUGCCACAUGGAAAUGAUAUUUCCUCCCUCAUUCUUCACUGUUAUGGUUCACUUGGUUGUUCACCUUGUUGAAGAAGUUAAACUUGGAGGUCCUGUUCAUUAUCGAUGGAUGUAUCCUGUUGAAAGGUACUUAGGAAUACUUAAAUCGUAUGUACGUAAUAAAGCACGACCAGAAGGGUCUAUUGCAGAAGGAUACCUUGUACAAGAGAUUCUUACAUUUUGUUCAAGGUAUAUAGAAAACAUUGAGACUAGAUGGAAUCAACUUGGUCGUGUAGAUGAUGAGCCUAUUAAUGAGAUACAAACUGACUCACGUGUAGCUGAAUUAUUUCCUAGAGUUGGAAAAUCGGUUGGUGGUUCUUCAUACUACACCCUUACACCAAUUGAAAAGUUACAAGCUCAUAGACACGUUUUAACAAACUGCAUCAUAGUUGACUACUAUCUAAGGCAAUAUAGAAGUAUUAUUCGAAGCCAAAUGAGGAGUGGUGCAAGGAGUACUUCUGAGGUAGACAAGAAGAAUGUGACUAAUUGUAUAUUUUAUGGUGUUCGGAUUUGCAACAAUCUCGACAACAUUAGUGAAUCAGAUAAAAAUGUUCUCGUUAGUCUUGCUCAAGGUCCUUCUGAUAAAGUUAGAAGGUUCAUUGGAUUUAAUGUCAAUGGAUUCAAAUUUCGAACAUUGGCACGAGACAGUUUAUUAAAAACUCAAAAUAGUGGAGUUUUUGGCAUGUUCGAAACACGAAGUUACUCAAGCAAUAGUGAUGCCCAAAUGAGAUUUGGAGGAGUGCCUUACAAUGGAAGAUUGAUAGAUAUCAUUGAGGUUUCCUAUGAUGGCUUCAAAGUGCCCAUGUUUAAAUGCAAAUGGGCGAAUACCACAAAUCCAAGAGGCAUUAAGACAGAUAAGUUGGGUUUUACCUCUAUAAAUUUUGCAAGACUAAUACAUACUGGGGAGCAUGAAGAUGAUGAGCCAUACAUUAAAGCGUCAGAAGCUCAAAUGGUUUAUUAUGUGGAUGAUGAAAAGGAACAAGGAUGGAGCAUACCUAUUCAUUUAAAGCCACGGGACUUGUAUGACAUGGGUGGAGAUGAUGAAAUUAUGGCACCCAUUGAACCAUACCCAUCUCAAAAUUUGGAACACAUUUUUUCUAAUGAAACCACACAUAUACAAUUGGCAAGAAUGACUACAGAUGAUGAUCCUGAAACUUCAACUUUUAAUGAUGAUUUUGAUGACAACAAUCAUGAUAUGAAUUUACGAUUGUUAAUAAUUCUUGUUUGUUGUUUAUGA